UCAGCGCCCAGUCAGCGAUUGACUCAGUUGUAGGGAUCUAGGAUUUCUACUUGUCAGUGACUCUCUGGCGUCGCUAUCAAGUGUGUCUCCCCCCCGAAAAUGUCAAAGUUGGAGCAGAUCCUUAUUCUUGACCCUUCGUCUGACCUCAGAUUUAAAGGGCCCUUUACAGAUGUAGUCACCACCAACCUGAAACUGAAGAACCCGUCUGAUAGGAGAGUAUGUUUCAAAGUGAAGACCACAGCACCACGCAGGUACUGCGUACGGCCGAACAGUGGCAUCAUCGACGCUGGGGCCACCGUCACUAUAUCUGUAAUGCUACAGCCCUUUGACUAUGACCCGAAUGAGAAAAGUAAACACAAAUUCAUGGUGCAAACAAUCUUCGCUCCUACAAACUCAUCUGACAUGGAUUCAAUGUGGAAAGAUGCAAAAACCGAUGACCUCAUGGAUUCCAAGCUGAGAUGUGUCUUUGAACUGCCUUCUGAAAACGAUAAAGUGAAUGAUGUGGAUGCGAGCAACAAAGCCGCCCCCGUGCUGAACUCUGCCAAGGCUGAAGGGCCCCUGGCAGCGGCGGCGCCGGCCAAGCCUGUGAGCGCCUCGCUGGACGACACGGAGAUGAAGAAGCUGCUGGAGGAGUGCAAGAGGCUGCAGUCUGAGAUGGGGAAACUGGCCGAGGACAACCGGCAACUCAAGGAUGACGGUAUUAGAAUGAGAAAGGCCCCACGCUCCGACCACAUGACAUCAAACGCUACAACCUUCCUUGGCCGAGAAACGAGCACCGCCUCACUUCCUUCCCUCCUCGUUGUCAUAGCAGCCAUCUUCAUCGGAUUCUUCCUAGGGAAGUUCAUCUUGUAGACUGGGAGACGCAUGCCUGCUGUAUCCCCCACCCUGGCUCCGGAACCCAAAGGCCUGGAUUAACCAAGAAGUCUUUCUGUUGACUUUGCCAUAUCAUUGGUAGUGCGGCCUACAGUGAACACGUCUGUACAGCAUCAUAUGAGGGCAUCGCCUUUUUACAAUCUCUCACACACGGUUAGAACACAUGCAGAAAGGCGAAAGAAUGAAAAAGAUUGCUCCUUUUUUCGUUUCUGUUUUUGAUAGAUAGAUGGACAGGUUUGUGGAGGUUUUGAAGAAAGGUGUACACUAUCAAUCAACAUGAAGGACUGUUGCUAUGCACCUAGAGUGACCUUGGUGAGAAGCAGUCAAAUAAAAUAAUCGUUUUCUCUCUCUCUGUCGUUUUAAUAGGAGUUGAAUGGAAUGUUAAGUGUCUUGUAAAUGUUAUUUUAAUCCUUUUAACAAAAGGAAAGAACUUCCAUCAAAAAGACCUUGCUACCUGUUGCUGGAUUGCCUCUGAAAUCAACUUAAUUUGUUCAGUUUGUAAUUUCUACUUUCUCUUGGGGAAUGUUUCGAGUCCAGCUGGGGAUAUAGGUGCCUCCUUUCUUGUACAUUUCUGUCCUUUCCUAUCCCUGACAAUACCAAUGCAGACUUUAUAUUAUUAUUAUUAAUAUUAUUAUUGUAUUUUUUUUCUCAAUACAAAUCAUAUAUCCCUUUGAGGCAAAUGUUGACUGAAAAUAAGGUCUCCAUUCUUAAAUCCUGUCCCAUGGUAUUAAGCAUUGAAGAAAAUAAAACAGAAAAAAUGUG